GCAAGAAACGUUGCGUGUUGUUGAGUUUUAUUUUGCAAACGAGUUUUUGAUUAUUUUGAUCGUCAGUUUUAUACAAUAUUCAGUUAGUGGUAACUGGCUGUUGCAGAAUUUAGUGUUUAGUGUUUUAUAUUUGCUGUUAAGGUUACGCUUCUCGUGGAAUUUUAGUAUUCGUUUGUGAACAUCAACCUACUUUGUUCGUGUUGACCCGAGAGUGAUUUAAAAAAGUUCGCAACAGUACGCUGCAAGUCCAGCUUUAGCGUGUAUUCGUCACUGCCAACUAUUCCGCCCUAAGAACCCUUAAAUGUCGUCAUGCUAGACCGGAGCCGCGCUAGUUGUAGUCACCACGCUCCAACCUUAAGAAAAAUUGAAGGCCGUUGGCGUUCGUGACGUCAUGAGCCAACCGCAGGAUGAGGCCCGAGCGGCCAGGAUGCAGAAAUAUAAAGAGGAGAGGAGGAAACAACUCACCGCCAGAACAGCGACGUUGUUCUCAGCUAACGUCACUGACCGGCGGUCGAGAAAACUUGCGAGUCAGACACCACCAGAAGAUUCCGCCUCUCCUCUCAAGUCCUCCUCCGAGCUCAACCUCAACACCGCUUCAACUUCAGUGCCUAUUAGAACGACGCGAGCGUCACGCCUUAGAGCCGCUGCCGCUAGUCAAUCUGAAUCCUCUCCAACUCUAAGAAAAUCUAAUAGAAGCUCCUCAGCUCAGUCUUUAGAAGAUGAUAAAGCCAAGAAAAACAAGAGCUCCAAAAUCAUAGAUAGAGAUAAAGUCAGAUCUGUGGCAAGAAGACAGAGUCACGAAAAAGAAAACCUUAAAAGCGCGUCGACAACCUGCUUCCCCGAAAAAGAUAUUGGUGCUAUUAAAUCGAAACCUAAACAUUCCAUUAAUAAAAAUAUUUUAGAGAAAGACAAAAGUAAUUUUAUAGCCGCUAGUGUUAAAGGAAAAAAUGUUGACGAGAAGUGUUCCAAGUUAGAUGAUAGAAGAAAGAGGAAUUCGGUUGACAACAAAUCGAUAACUGUAAGCGAUGAGGAGAAGCCUUUGCUCGUUAACGGAGAUGAGUUAUUUGAUGAGCUCCUCGGUGAUAAAAGUUUGGAGAAGGAGAAACUUGAAGAUUUAUUCAAUGAUUUAAUUGAAAACGAGGACAUCCAGAAGAAAAUUGACUUGAAAACUGAGGAUUCGGAUACGAAUGUAAGACUAAAUGGUCACAAAGACAUACCGGUUUUAGAAGCUGUAGAAGUUAAAGUAGAAGAUAGUGGUGUAGUGCCAAAAGAGGUGAAAAGUGAGGGGGUCGGGGGGUUGUUGGGAGCCGUAUGUGUUCGUAGAGUGGAAAGAUUUAGUGAGUUGCUCAGCAAUCUGUGUUCCCCGUGUGAUGCUGAUCUGCUGUUUGAAGAUAUCUUGGUGGAGAAUGGGAUCGACGGAGAUGACGAAUCGCGCAAGACCGUCCCGGAGUGCGCCGCGCCAUGUCGCCGCGCGCAGCCUUCGCCGCGCACGACCAGUACGCCGAAACGCACGCAAACUGCGCACUCUGAUGAUGGAACUGUUGCCAAAACAAGAAAUCGCCGUUCCCUCGAAGCACCAUAUCCCAAGACUGAAAGCUCACUGCCGUCUUCCAAACUAUCUCCUAAAUCUACUAUUAAUUUAUCUUUCAAACCGUCUCCAUCUAAAUCUUCAGCCCUUUCCUCUCAUAAACCAUAUGAGAGGCAACGCAGUUCAGAUACUGGCACCAAACCUAGUUGCAUACCUUUAUCUAAGAAGAAUAUAGAAAAGCAUAAUCGUUCUUCGACAUCACCCGUGAAACAAGACUCGCCAAGAGAAGUGACGAAAUUAGAAACGCCUAAGAUCAGAUCAGUUCGCCGAAGCCCUGAAAAGGCAAAGAGUGACACUGAAAAUAAUCGUAACGACAGAAGACAUCGAGCUCAAAAGGAUAGUGAAAAUCGUAGCGAAAAAUAUCAUUAUUCAAAGAAAAGACUGACUAGUUUAGAAAAUAAUUCUUCGAGAGACACGAGUGAUGCUAAGAAAAUUUCAUCUAAACUAUUGAACAAUAAAUCGGAAACAAAUUUUAAAUCGGAUGCCAAUACACAGGUAGAAGGGUCUAAAGAAAUUGCAAAGAUGUCUACACUUCAUGAAACUGUUAGACCACAUAGCUCUAGACUUUCGCAGGAGAUGGACAGUUUAGCUGCGUUGACUAAACAAACUUUAGAUAGGGUUAACAAAUUGUCGAAUAACUUAACUAGUAAUAAGUUAAAUUUAGACUCUGCUGAGCCUUGUUAUGACUCCCUUUUUGGAACGGCAUCGGAAGAAAAGAACAACAGUCAGACUUAUAAUUUCGGCCUUACUGCUGAGAGGCCCGUCUCAAGCAGAGGAGUCACUGAAAGAUUGAGAGAUAUAGACACAGCUGCUCAGAGAUUGAUUGACUUUGAAAAGCAAAAUGCGAUGUUUUCUGAUCUCAAUAAUGAUACUAGUCAAAAUCGUCGGCCUGAUACUUCAAUUAUUUCUCUCAGUCACACUCCCGUGUCUAUCUUAAAGCGAAAAUCCAUUCAUGAAGACAACGCAGUAUCUAACACUCCGAAUCACGCUAUAGCUUCGCCUCCGGUCACAUUCUCGCCUAGCGUUAUUGAGCCACGUAAUGAUCGCUCAGAUAAGCGCCAAGGCAUAUUGAAGAAACGCCGAAGCUUAGAUGAAUCACAAGUGGCAAGAAGAAGGUCUUGCAGCCCCGAAGUUUCAUUCGCAGAUGAUGGCACUUCGGAUGCUAAUAAACCUAUACUAAAAAAUAGAAGGUCUUCCCUAGAAGAUGUUGUACGAAAUAGAUCGCCCGAUGGGCAAAUCCAAGGUAUAUUAAAAAGGAAAAUGAGCCGAGAAGAAGAGUCAGUCAAUGAUGAUGUAUCUCAUGGCUCUCCAGAACCUCACGGAAUUUUGAAAAGGAAAUCAAAUUCUAGCUCUAGUAGCAGUACGGCUUCGUCUCAUGUUUCUAUUGCUCAAGCUGUGUUGUUAGCAGCCGCAGGCGGCGCUGAAAUAGUUGAAGAUGAUAAGGAAGCUGUGAGACCUAUAUUGAAGAAAAAGAGUUUUUCAGAAGAACGACCGUGUCUUGAUAUAGUAUCGUCGGAUACUCCGAAACCGAUUUUGAAGAAAAAGUCAAUCGAACACGAUGAACAUGAUUUCGAGCUCCCUAAAAAACCGAUCCUGAAGUCAUCGAAAAAGUUGUCCGGCGAUGAUGGGCAUGCUUCUAGUUUCGAUUUGAGCGAAGACGACAGAAGCUCACGCCGGUCUUCACUCCUUAGGUCGCGGACAUCUGACCAUUCGGGAUCGGAAUGCGAAACGACUGUUAGGCCCAUUUUAAAACAAAGGGGUUCGAGUCUCACUAGGGAACGUAGCCAAUCGCCGCGCCCACGACUCUCGUUUUGCGCGGACAAUGAUGCGAAUACUAGUGCGACAAAUUUUAGUUGCGACGCGAACGACUUGUCGGCGGCUGGACCGCGACGAGUCUUGAAUAUCGCGACCGAUCCGGAAGAAAGCUAUCCGAGCGCAGUGCUCCGCCGUAGGAACCUGCGACCGAAUGCGAACCCGCGAUCAAAAAGCCUGGCAUGUGAUGUUAACGAUGAGUUACUUUCCAUAUUAAAUAACCGACGAAUAAAAGUGGAUGAAAAUUGUCAAAACGGACAUUGUGAACCUUGGGAUCGUGUUAGAGAUAUUGAAGAAAAUAGUCGGCCAAAAGCAUUUCCUUCAAUCGCAGCCAGAAUCAAAAGUAUGGAGCAGGCUCUAAAAGAAACAACUACAAAAGAUCAACCAUCCACUUCUAAAUCGCUUAGGAGGAGUGAUAAAGAGCGAUAUAAAACUCAACCAAUCACCGUUGAAGAAAUGAGAUCUAUCACUUCAAGUUUGGAGCCGGGCCAAGUGAGUUUCCAAGCGUUCGGCCCCGCGGCUUGUAGUUUUCCGACCCGUCCCGUCGAGUUCGGUGCUGCUCCCUCUGCCACGGCCCCGUACGGCGGGGAACCCGAGAGAGACCCCUUCGCAGACUUCGCCAAGACCUUGGACUCGCCGCCAUUCAGCACCAACUUCAGUGCCAAAUCGCCGACUGUGAACGGUUUGAACGGUGCCGGUGCCAAGGACGACAGUUUCGGCGAGGCCACUUUUCUAGACUUUGAAAACAUCCACGCGAAUGCCGAGAGAAAACAGUCGACGCUGGACGAGAUAGAACAAGAAGUGAACAAAGUUCGCGUGGCUCUGGACGAAGACAGUCGCGCUCUCGAGGAAGACGAGAGACAGCAGGCUGAGGCUGACAACUGGAGCCUGAACGUUUCAUGUGAUAGUGGCGUGUACAACCGGGCCUCAUCCAGAGAUUCCGGCCCGCACUCGGGCGAGGAGCUAGGCCUGAUCGAGAGUCAGGAGAUCCAAGAGAAUCACGCUACGAAUAGUAGUAGCAACGAGUGGUCAUCUUCGUCCAUAGAACGAGGGUUACUGACAAUGGACCGAGCAAGGAAAUCCACUGAAACUGAGCCAACAAGGACCCCUGAGGACCAGGCCAGUGAUGAUGAAGGGAGGGCGAAUGAGAAUGCAUUUGCCUUGGGUCUGGUGAAAAGCAACAGUGUAGUGGCUAGAGCGAGCAUGUGGCAAGCGUUGCAGCAACAGGCUAAAGGGACACCGAAGCCGUUGCUACGUCACAACCGCUCCAAAGUGAAGGACGGCCCGUCGGUCGCAGAGAGGUUCAAGACCCAGCCCAUCUCCUUCACAGCCUCUGUUGACUCCGCAGAACCACCAACUGAAACCUUCUCUCUCACUCAGUCCAAGAGUACCGCCAAUGUGCUAGACAGGGACGAAGAUGCUAAGUUAGACGAGGACGACCCGGCCAAGAUGUCACUCUCUGAGAAGAUGAAGAUGUUCAACAACAAGUUGACGCACAAGCCUCCUGUUGCUGGACUCCCGAGACCGAAGGAAGAGAGAGUGCCCCGAACGUCCAGACUUCGCACCAUGCCUGUAUUAGCCAGCCAAGUCCAAGAGGCAAUGGAGCAGAACGAGAGGUUAACCAAAUCGUUGACCCACGAAGAUGUGCCGCGCAAUCCCGAUUUCCAGCUCAAAAUGGAACUGUUCCGUUCGGCGAGCGCGAAAAACACGUCGCUUGAGUACCUCAUGCGGCAGAACUCAAAGUUUAGGAGCUUAGACUACGACGACGAUACUCCGUCAGAGCGCGCUGAGAGGAUGAUCACUCCAGAAGUGCGCGGGAUUCUCAAGUCUGGGACCACAGUCGUGCCUUCUAAACCCAAGACCUUGGCUAAGGGAGAAAGUUCAGAGGGUCUGAAAGACGAGGGUAUCGACAGUUCUUCGGACGACGAUUCCGCCUCGGCCACCACCGUGUCUUCCUCAGAGAAGAGCUGCUCCUCAUCAGACAGUUCUCCUCCCAGCCCAGUGCCAGGUCCGAAACCUAGGAGAUUCCAGCGCAAAAAUAACAAGCUCAAGAACUCUAGGACAGAAUCAGACAUAACCAGACUCCAAGAACCAUAUCGCCACGACGCGAGAAAGAUCCAAUUACCAGGAGCGAAUGAGUUAAAGGAGCGUCUAGUCCAAGCCAAGAAUGCAGAAGUCAAGACUCCUCUACUAGGCAAACUAGGCCGAAGACCUUCAGAGGACAAGAAAGACGACGAAACCAACAGAUAUAAACGGUUCGUCAAGAAGUUAGACGAACCUAUUCAACUGGGGAAGUUAAGGCGACCAGUUGAAAAAGUCGCGUCGCAAUGUGUGGAAGAGAAACCGCCGCCGGUUUUGAAAAUAUCCGCGUUGAACCAGGCUGCGAAGAAUAAGUUCUUCGGCUUGGAGGCGCCGCUGAAGAAAGAAAAGAGUAUCGAUGAGCUCGCGGCUGCUGUCAGGAAAUAUAUACCGCCGCCGGUCAGCAAGUCGAUGUCGAUCCACACGAUGGAGGUGGGCGGGUCGGGCAGCGACGGCGAGAGUAGCGGCGGCCGAGAGGUGCGGCACAUCAACACCAGAGUGCGACACAGAUUGGGUGGCGGCGUGCAGAGGAGCGCCACUCAUGCAGAGAUGCCGCACCGAGGAGGCACCAUUGCCGAAAGGCUGGCGGCGCUCCAGGCAGCCGGCGCGAACGACUGGCGAGCGAGGGUCUGCCGGCUGAGCCCUGAGAAGGAGGACACCAAGGCCAUAGAGCGAGCCAAAAACAAGAUCAACGAAGGUCUUCCGCCACCAAGCAGAUCCAUUGUGGGCGCGGAAUCUCUGAAUGCUGCUGUGGAAGAUAAGAAGAAGGUGCAAAUAGACGAAAACGAAUUGGGCCAGAACAUUUUAGCUGAUAGACGGAACAAGCUAGAAACAGCUGCUCAGGGAUGGCGCAAACGCGUGCCUCAGACGGACGCGAACCUGUUCACAGUCGCGGGCCGCUUAGAACGCGACAAGGUCGGCACACCGCCGAUCACGCCGCCACCUGCGCCCGCGCCGCUCACCCCACUCACUCCGCUCACACCGCUCUCUACGCCUGGGGUACCCGCGCCUAAUAAGUUCAAAUCCCGAAAACAGACAUCACCUACAAAUGGCUUCGCGUCGGGUCCAUUGCGGUCGGCGUCUUGCGCGGUAGUCAGUGCUGUCGCAAACGAACCCAAACCCAAGGAGCCUGUGAAGGUUGACAGAGAGUCUUUCAAACGGAGCCAUUCUGUCAGCGAGAGCAUCAGCCGGGUUGACGAGAAAGAGGAAUCACCCGGGGCCGAGAGGACUGGUUGUGCCGUGCGCGUGCCAAGAGCCGACGAUGAGACGUUCCAAGCGUUCUUCGCGCCCAUGCUCCAACAGGAGAAGACAGCCGACAACAUUGACGUGGAUCUGGAUGCUAUUGAUAGUGGCUCUCGACAACUCCUAGCAAGCGACUGGGCGCGUCGUGCCAAGCGCGAGCGCAAGCACGCUGCGUCGCGCAACCCUUUGAAGGCGCUUGCGGCCCGGACUGACUUGCGUGAAGAAUACGUCGCACCACCUUCCACUAUUAGAGAUCAACUCAUUAAGGAAAAAGCGACAGCCAACUGUGGUUUGGCAGCGGAAGCGCUUGCAGCGCUGGCGAGUAAAGAAGACUUCAGCAACGUAGCGCUGCGCAGCGCUUCGGCCAGCAACGUGCCUAGCCAGGGGUGCAAGCCGUUGAUGCUGCUGCAAGUCAAGGGGCGCAGGCGGGUGCAGACGAGAUUAGUAGAGCCGACGCACACAAGCGUGAACCGAGGAGACUGCUUCGUACUCGUUACUCAAGACUGCGUUUUCCUGUAUAUUGGACUCUAUGCCAACGUCAUUGAAAGGAACCGCAGCACAGAUAUCGCCGCUCACAUCCACAACACGAAAGACCUCGGCUGUAAGAACGCCACGGGAAUCAUCAAAAUCGACGAGCAGACCAAGAAAUACUCCAACAAGCAAUGGAACCAGUUCUGGUCGCUCCUCGGCCUCACUGAAGGAAUUGAGGACUACAGACCAACAGAAACUGGUCACCCAGAUGAAGAUGAGAUAUAUGAGUCCUGUAUCGUACAGACUAAUAUGUGCUACGAAGUGAUGGACGAUGAACUCGUGCCUAUAAAGGAAUAUUGGGGCCAGCUGCCCAAGAUCUCAAUGCUGCAUCAAUCUAAAACAAUUGUGUUCGAUUUCGGAUCAGAAAUGUACAUCUGGUACGGGAAAAACGUGCCGUUGGAAAGCCGGAGACGCGCCGCGCAGCUUGCCCAAGAAUUGUUCGACGAAGGGUACAACUAUGAAGAAUGCCAUAUCAACCCCCUAAACGCCGCCGAGUACCAAGGUGCUCGGGAGAAAGCUUCCAGCCCAGUGAAGGCGUCUAAAAGCCGACCCGAAUGGGCGAUACUCUCCAAAGUAACCCAACACAUGGAAACUAUACUCUUCAAAGAGAAAUUCCUCGAUUGGCCCGAUUACACAAGAGUCAUCAAAGUCAAACCCCAGGAGAACAGAGCGAACAGUACUGAAAUCACUCCUUGUGAUGCUGAAGAAAUGUGGUCGAAUGAGUACCAGGACCCAGAUCUCAUUUUAGAAGGGUCCCAUAUCGGCCGUGGGACCAGCUAUUAUGACAAAGAAUCUAUGAGACAUUACAAUAUCACCACUAAAUCUGUUUGCAAGUGGGUUAUUCAAGAAUACGACUAUCAGAAGGUCGAUAAUGAAGCCGAGAUGAGUGAGUUCUUCUCUGGGGACAGUUACAUAAUCAGAUGGGAAUACCAGAUCACUGUGACUGGUCGUGAACUGAACGGGAAGCCGUCGAAACAUAACCUUACUGGUAGAGACAGAUGUGCCUAUUUCUGUUGGCAAGGGAAAGAUGCCUCUUCGAACGAGAAAGGUGCAGCUGCUUUGCUAACCGUUGAGUUGGAUAAAGAGAAAGGUCCGCAAGUGAGAGUGGCCCAAGGAAACGAGCCUCCAGCGUUCAUGAACCUGUUCCAAGGCAACCUAGUCAUACAUUCAGGCAAAAGAGACUUGGACAAAAGCCGGUACAGACUAUUUGUAACACGCGGCAACCUCUCCAAUGAAGCGUAUCUACUCCAAGUACCGUGUUCGGUGCGCCAACUACGCAGUCGUGGUUCCCUACUCUUAGUCGAUACAGAAAAAGCGUGCCUUUACAUCUGGCAUGGCGCACGAAGCCUGAAACAUACAAAGAACAUUGCUAUCGAACUAGCGAACAAACUCAUCGCUAGAAAGUCGACUUACUUCUUCGGGAGCAAGGUCUCUGAUGUUAAGAUAACUGAGGUUAAGGAAGGCGAGGAGCCGAAAGAAGUGUUGGAAGCUUUGGGCGUGGCGAAUAAACAGUACUACAAUUCAGUACUAGGGGCAAGUAAGGAUGUGGGGUGUGAUAAAACCCCCCGGUUGUUCCACUUCACGGACCUUGGUGGGCAGUUCGAAGCGAACGAGGUGCUGUCACCGCUGCGCCACGACCAUCUGGUGACACCCUUCCCUUUUGAACAAAAGGAGUUGUAUUCCGCUUCGCAACCAGCCCUAUUCCUGCUGGAUGACGGCAUUGCGGUGUGGCUGUGGCAGGGCUGGUGGCCGCGCGGCGAGGAUGGGGAGUUAGAGCCCGCUGAGAGGAACACUGGUGUGGGAGCAUUCGCAGCGCGCUGGCAGGCGAUGCGUGCCGCGGCGCUGCGCACGGCCGAGGCGUACUGGAGGGCCGCGCGCGGCUCGCGGCCUGACGUCAGGGUGGUCACCGCCGGCCUCGAGCCGCAGGCCUUCACCGACCUGUUCGACACCUGGGCCGAGCAUGACGACGCGGCUGAGGCUAACAUCGCGCACGGGUAUAAGGCGGGCGAGGUUCUAUCGGGCGCGUGCGAGCUCUCGCGGCUCAGUUCGUGUGACGCCGUGCUGCCUCUGGCUGCGUUACAGCGUCGCCCCCUGCCCGACCACGUGGACCCGCAUCACCUUGAGCGGCAUUUGUCUUCGCCUGAUUUCCUGGAGGCUUUCGGCAUAACCAAAGAAGAAUUCACAGCACUCCCUGCCUGGAAGCAGACCAACAUGAAGAAGGACGUCGGCCUGUUUUGACCCGCCGGCCGCCGCCCCGAACUGAGCCACGGCGCCGCGACCCUGCGAGCCCGGUAGACUCCACGAGACAAACAGUGGAUCGCGCCAACUACGAAUAGAAUAUACCUUUUGUACAACCGCAUCAAUUUUCGUACUUUUUUACCGAACAACGUUGAAGGAUUUGAUACAAUUAAUAUUAAGAGCACGCUUUAAAUUCUAUAGUAAUCGAAACAAACGUUUUGUACUAACGGAAUGUAACUAUGUAUUCGUUCUCGUGAUAUUUUCAUGUAACCGCUGUAGACAAGUAGAAACGAUUUGUAACGUUGGAAUUGUUUAUGAAGUGAUAAUAAGCUCGUCACGUCCAUAGCGCGGCAGAAUUCUUAGUGUUUGUACAUAGUUGUUUUAUUUAAUUUAUUUUUGAAACUCAACUUUUUAUCCACUUUUCUCGUUUCUCGAAAUUGUGUUUCAAUUGCAAUAUUCACUUUUCAUAUGAAUUUGUAAAGUAAUUUUAGUUUAGAAUCUUAGUGUAAUGCCGGCAUGGAUAUGAAGUGACGAUGAAAUGUUAAGGUGAUAUUUUUCGAUUCUACGUUUAGAUGUUACCAAACGACGCGUCUGGCCAAAGAUAUCAUUUUGCCAAAUGUGGUAAUUAACAUUUCUAUAUUAUUGCGCGUUAUUUGAUAACGUCUGAAUGUGAAAUGUUUUAGUAGGGCAAAAUGUAUCUGGUCAAAGUAUGGUUAUCGGUUUAAAUCGCUAGAUAUGCAACACGUACUUCUUUAUACGCUUUAGGGUAGGCUUAAAUGGUCUGUGGCGAAUGAAGACCCACACAAAACAUUACAUGUGAUAUUUGCUUUGUUUACUAUUAAUUCGCUAACUUUACGAUACUUAAUACGACCGUUAUACCAGCGAAUUGUUGUUAUAAAGUAUUUGUAUAGGUCUUGAUCGCCGCAGGACGUCUAUAUAUUCUAACACAUCACAUAUCUACUCAUUAGCUAAUCUUUUAUACCGUGCGUUAGGUGGACCAUGUUAAACAAUUUUAUAACUUCAUUCGGCAUUCGAGCCUUGCUUAGCUUGUUUGUAGACAACUGACAUAAUUAUAGCAAUCAUAUGACUACAUUUUGACUUUAUAUAGACUUUUUGUUGCCAAACACGAGACGUUACGAUUUGACUGAAAUAAAUUAUGAUAAGCCGAGCGUGGACUAACGAUAUGCGGCGAAACUUUGUCGCGUUUAUAACACCUUGCUGACGGUUCUUUCAUAUAUAAAGGUGCUCAUGUACCGUGCUCAGAUGAGGCAAAGUUUCGCCAGUACCUCACCGCGUUUGCUCAACGCCCUAAUGAUGUUAAUUUUAACGCUAUUGCUAUGUUGUGUACAAUUUUAGAAAUUUAUUUUUUAUAAUUAACCUGUUGCCUACGUAUUUUUCACCCGAAUUUUUAAACGUCGAAAGGAGAAAUUGUCAUUAUUUAAAAAUGGAUUUACUGCCAAUGAGUAGAGUAACUCUAACCUAUGAAGUCAUACCUUAGUUAACUAUGAAAUAACCUAAGUAUGUUUUAUUUAUGUCCCAAGUUGCAUUUAUGGGCAUACCAACGGGCCUACCGUGACAUAAAACGUAUCUCUCAAAUCCAAUUUUCAAUGUUUUGCUUUGGUUGUGUUACUUAUACCUAUAAUUAUAAUUAUUAUCGUAUUUGAGAUUUAUUUUGUAUAAUAAUGAUGUAAUAAAUUGCUAAAAUUUAA